GAUUCCAGCACCCUUGGUUCUGGUCAGCAGCCGCGUACGCCCGCACUAUCGUGUCGCAGGGUCGCAGUCCCCAGGGCCCCCUAUCAAGCCCCUAAUCCGCAAAUUUACCUGGAGCCGCCGACGACUGACGACUGCAGCACAGCCGGCUAGGCGUCGCCGACACGAACCAAGCAUCAUCCAUUUCUGCCCCGUUGCGUCUUCUCUCGCCUAUUCGUCCCUCCUUGUUCUCUUUUUUUUUCUCGUUCUCUUUCUUCCGUCUCCUUUCGGGCCAAAGUCAUUUUGGCCUUUGUUUUGGGUUUCCCCCUUCGCCCCAACCACGAAAGCUCGCGCCGCCACCAACAUAGACAUUCCACCUGUCUGGUUGGCUCCCUCCGGCUUUUCGGAGUUUGAUGUGCACGAGGUGACAAAGGUGACGCACCACCACCUCCACCACCCGGCGCACAUCAAGCAAACCAUCGAAUCCAUCUCACGAACCGGCUCCCUUCCGCCUCAACAUCAAUCAAAGUCGAUAUUCUGCAGUCCACGCGAGGGGGAAUACACAACAAACCGGACGGUUACCACGGUUCCAUCAUGGCCGGGCGUUAUGAACGGGUGAAUGCCCGCGAUGAAGAGGACGACCACACUCCCUCCCGGACGCAAAGGAUACCGAACUCGCCCCCGCCGUCGUUCCAUUCGAGGGCGUCGUCCAUCAUAUCCAUCGAGCGAGAUCGAGACAACAAUGCGCGACAGGGCAGGGUAGACUCGGCGCUCGCCGACGCCUUCGACAGCGGCGAUGAUAGCGACGACGAGGUCGACGACACCCAGCGCCUCGUGCGUGGCGCCCCGCAAUCACCAUUGGCGGCAUUCACGCCUUCGUCGUCGAGCUCAACGUCUGGGCAGCCGGCCACCGCAGGUAGCGCUCCCGCCGUGCCUGCCCGCGCUCCGGCGACGGUACCGCCGCCCGGGGCUGCCUCGACGCCGUUUCGGGUCUACGGUGGUGGCAUUCAAUCGGAUGGCGUCUUUUCGAACAUCAUGGCGAAGCCGGAGCGCGGGGAGGAGAAGGAGGAACAGCCACCGACGUACGAACAGGCUGCUGCAGACUCGGCACCGCCAUACUGGGAGACGACUAUUCUCGGGCCCGGACUCGGCGGACUUGACGAGGUGUACAUAGACGGCAUGCCCGUCGGGUCCUUCUUCUCGUUUGUGUGGAACGGCUUGAUCUCGGUGUCGAUCCAGCCGCUGAUCGGGUUCCUGCUCACGUAUCUGCUUCACUCGUCGCACGCGGCCAAGAACGGCUCGCGUAGCGGCCUGGGCAUCACCCUGAUCCAGUGGGGCUUCUACAUGAAAAACACCCCGGGCAGCUCCGGGAGUGGGAGCUCGGAUGGGUACGCGAACCCUCCGGACCCCAACUCGCACGACUUUGACCCCAACAACGUUGGGACUGGCGGCGGCGGCGGCGGGGACUCGAGCUCAGGGUCGAACGCGGGAAUCGCGGGGACAGAGUGGAUCGCGUACAUCCUCAUGAUCGUGGGCUGGUUCGUCCUCAUCCGGGCCCUCAGCGACUACAUCCGGGCGAGGAGACACGAGCAGCUGGUACUGCAGAGCCCGGAUCGCGGGCUUGGCGUCGCCAUUGUUGCCGAGGGGGAGAGUCCCGACCGGGUUGUUUGAGCACCGUUUCUUCGUCUAGCAUACACGUCUUAUUUCUUUCGUUGUCUUUCUCUCUUUCUUUCCGUCCCUCGGAUCACUCCGGCAGAUCCUCCUGCACAACAUCCACCACUCCCGGUAAAUUUGUUUCCUAGAGCUUUCAUUUCCUCUUUACCUAGCUGUCAGCCACCUACGGUGUCCAGCAUGUCGAGUUGAGCCAAGUCGUCCUUGAGCCCGAGUGUAUCAGUAUCACAGAAAGUCAUGCCAUCAACGUGGCG